UUGACAUAUGUACAUAUGUACGUUUUGUGUGCUUAAACUGAACUAUUAAAAAAGCGCUUUAUUUUUAUUUCAUUAAGUUCAUAAUUUUUCAAUUUAAAUUUCUAGUUUGGAAAAUAGCAAUGACUGCAGAUCGUAAAAUUCGACGUUUAAUUUGUGAUCCUACUAAUCACUUUUCAUUGAAAAUUAAGAUAAUGGUUUUAAUAUUUAUUAUAGGAACAAUAGCCUCGUUUUUAAAAUUAACUUCGAUCGACUUCAUGGGAUUUUAUAUUGAAAUUAAAGAAAAAUAUAAUUUACUAUCAAGCGAUAGUGUAAAUUGUUGUUCCUUGGAUAAUCUUAAAGUAACUGAACUAAUUAAAAGUAUUAAAUUCGAGGUUAUAAAUCAAAAUGAAGCAUUAGACUUAAUUGAAGAAAAAUUAAAUAAAAAAACUAAAGUUUCCUCGUUGGCUAUUAUUGGGUCGUCAGGUAUCGGAAAAACAAAAUUUUUACUUUCAUUGGUUAAAAAUUUUUAUUGGCGCGAAAAUAUCCAACAACAUACAUUGCAAAAUAUUGACGGCGUUGGAAACGAUGUGAAUUUAGAAAAAAUACUCAACAAUCUUACAAAAUGUGGUAAAAAUUUGAUUAUUUUGGAUAGACUUUCCACCAAAUAUGUUUAUUAUAUAAACCAAUUUAAUGAAAAAGUUAAAAGUGUAGUUGAGAAUACAGAAAAUACGUUGUUAAUUAUUUACAUUUUUAACUUGUCUAGGUAUGACAAACUUGAGGAGGAGAUCUUUGAAAUAAAUUUAAAAAAAUUGAAAAAUCAAAUUAGUAAUUCAAUUGAUAUAAUAAACUUUCGCACAUUUAACAAGACAGAUUUAUACAAAUGUCUUGAGCACGAAUGCAAGAUAUCUAACGCUAAAUUAAGUCCUGAACAAAUUAAUGCAAUUAUCAAAACACAUGAUUGGAAACGUUCGGGUUGCAAAAAUGUGCAAGCUAAAGUUUUGCUAUAUAAAUAUUUAUAACUUGUAUAUGAUGAUUGCAAAAAUUUCAUAAGUUUAAAAAACUAAUAGGGAAAUUUUAUAUUUUUUUUUCAUCCUCAUAAAACAAUGAUAAUUUAUAAUUGGAAAGAAAUAAGUAAGAGCUUUAGAUAAAUAUAUGUACA